UAAAAUUUUCCAUUUCUUCCGUUCCGUGUACUUUUAUACCCCACCCUCCAUCACCGCUUCUUCUCCAUAAAUCCAACUCCACUGCCGUUUUCGCUGCGCAUUUCCCGUGAUUCUUCGCCUCCUCACGCCAUUCUCGCUGCGGAUCGCCGGAAAAAUGACCUCCGAUGGCGCCACUUCUGCCUCCACUUGCAGGCGGAAGCCCUCCUGGAGGGAGCGGGAGAAUAACCGCACCAGAGAGCGCCGGAGGAGAGCCAUCGCCGCUAAAAUUUACUCCGGACUUAGGGCUCAGGGCAACUUCAAUUUGCCUAAACAUUGUGACAAUAACGAGGUCCUUAAAGCUCUCUGUGCUGAAGCUGGUUGGACCGUCGAAGAAGACGGAACCACUUAUCGGAAGGGAUGCAAGCCACCCCCGCUCGAUAUUGUUGGGACUUCCGCCAAAAUUACCCCCUACUCUUCCCAGAAUCCAAGCCCAUUGUCGUCUUCAUUCCCUAGCCCAAUCCCAUCCUACCAAGUCAGCCCCUCCUCCUCCUCUUUUCCAAGCCCGUCCCGUUUCGAUGCCAACAAUCCAUCGAACCUCAUUCCGUAUCUUCGCCAAGCGAUUCCCAUAUCUCUUCCUCCUCUUAGAAUCUCAAACAGUGCUCCUGUGACCCCUCCCCUUUCAUCCCCAGCCUCAAGGACUCCCCAGCCAUUCCCCAACUGGGAGGUCACUGCUAAAGAAUCCUUGUCCUUAAAUUAUCCUUUCUUUGCUGUAUCUGCUCCAGCUAGCCCGACUCGCCCUCAGCUCCAUACUCCUGCCACAAUCCACGAAUGCGAUGAGUCUGAAUCAUCCACCAAUGAUUCCAGUCCAUGGGCACUUCUUCGCGCCUAUGCGCCUUCUGCAUCGACAGUGCCAACGUCCCCCACGUUCAACCUUGUGAAACCUGCCAAUCAGCAUGUUCUGCACAGUGAUUUCAUCAAAGAAAGCGGGAGAGGAAAUGAAUUCGAGUUCUUGGGCUGCAAGGUUAAGCCCUGGGAAGGGGAGAAGAUACAUGAAGUUGGAUUGGAGGAUUUAGAACUCACACUCGGUAGCGGUAAGACCCGAAUCUAAAAAUAUAGUCAACCGAAAGAAGAAACUAUCUACAAACAUAACAGCAGUAAGAAAUCCUCUUUUGAUUCAUGGUCUAUCUGGGAAUAUCAUGCCUCAUUCCAUUCAAUACUAUUAAGUUAAAACUUUAUACAGUGUCUUUGUGGUGGGGGGGAGGGAGCUUCAUUCACUUCAUUUGAGGCAAUGAUUUUCCUAGUUUGUUGUUUAUUACAAGACAUGAUUCUAGAAAGUCCCAAGUUUCUGAGAUGUUUCAAGAAAAUCAAUUACUAUAUGUAGAUAGAUGUAUCAUAUGAUCAAAGGCUGUUGUUGAUAUUUUGCCAUCUUUACAAGACACUGAAAAAAUGAUCACAUAUUGGCUCUGUUUUUUUCUCA